AUGACUAAGCUGCCUUUGGUACCUCUUACUCUUGAAAAUAGAGGUAUUAGCUCGAGUGUUCCACAGAGUCGACUUGGUAUCAGUAUAGAGUCAAUGUACGACGAAUUUCAGGAAGGUGAGGACAAUUUAUUGUCGAGGGCUAGGAAAAGUGGAACUUGUUUGAUUUCUAUUGAUGCUGUUAUUCAGGAAGGCAAGGAAGAUGAUCAGGUGACACUCACUUGUGACCAAUUCCGGGAUACCAUAUCUUCUAAACGUGUGUCUGAUGGUACUAGCAGCUUAUGCAUUCCGGAACGUGCAGUUCUGGAAGCUAAUUCUGAGCCAAUAUCAUUUGUUUCCGUAGAUGAGAAUGGUGAUGUUGCUCAUGGCAAUAAGAAACUUGUUUCACGGGAAUCGAAUAUGAAGUCAGAGAUAAUUAGUGAUCUAGUUUCUAUAGGAGAAAAUUGCGAGCCUAGGGGCAUAGACGAAUCUAAAAGGACAUUUUCUGCUUCCCUUCUUGAGGUCCCUGAGGAAGUGAAGACGAGUUUGAGUUUUCCUCCUCUUUGGGGAUUCACAUCUGUUCGUGGAAGGAGGCUGGAGAUGGAAGAUACCGUCAUAGCUUUACCUCGGUUCUUUAGUAUCCCAUCUCAACUGUUGACUGACAGACCAAUUAUGAAUAUCAGGCAUCAAGAUUUAAAAGCCCACUUCUUUGGAGUUUACGAUGGACAUGGGGGCCCGCAGGUUGCUGAAUAUUGCCAGAAACGUUUUCAUUUAGCUUUAGCCGAGGAGAUUAAUAUUGCGAAAGAAAAUUUGCAUAAUGGAAUUGAUGAUGAUUGCAAUCAGGAGGAGCAGUGGAUGAAGGUCUUUUUGAAUUGUUUCCGUAAAGUUGAUGAGGAGGUUGGAGGAUUCCACAGAGGAGAUGGGGAAAGUGCUAUGUUUGAACCUGUUGCUCCCGAGGCUGUUGGAUCUACAGCUGUGGUUGCAAUUCUUUGUCCAACCCAUAUCAUUGUUGCAAAUUGUGGUGAUUCAAGGGCAGUCCUUUGUCGAGGGAAAUCACCCAUGCCAUUGUCUGUAGACCAUAAGCCAAACAGAGAAGACGAAUGCAUGAGGAUUGAGGCUGCAGGAGGCAAGGUCAUUAAUUGGGAUGGUUAUCGUGUUUCAGCAAUGCUUGCAGUGUCAAGAUCCAUAGGGGAUAGAUAUUUGAGACCCUACGUGAUAGCAGAUCCAGAAAUCAUGUUUGUUCCUCGAACAAAAGAAGAUGAUUGCCUUGUUCUAGCUACUGACGGUCUAUGGGAUGUUUUGACAAACGAGGAGGCUUGUGAUUUGGCGCGAAGGAGGAUUCUACUGUGGCACAAAAAGAAUGGACCCAUCCUUUCUAAAGAGAGAGGCGAAGAGGUUGAUCCGGCAUCCCAGGAUGCAGCAGAAUACCUCUCAAAGCUUGCUUUUCAGAGGGGAAGCAAGGAUAAUAUCUCCGUGAUUGUAGUGGAUUUGAAAGCUCAAAGGAAGUUCAAAAGGAAGAGUUAG